AGGCUCAGGCAGGAUUCCGGAGAGGAGCGCUAUCAUUGGCUGAGGGCGAGCACCACAGGCGCUCCCAUUGGCUUGCGUGCCGGGAGAGGAGGAGCGUGGGCGUCUAUAAAGAAGGAUCCCGGCGCCAGUACUCGGCACAGUUCGAGUCCGGGACACAGCGGCUUCUCGUCGAAGGUCGCCUGUUUGCUGAGCGCCGCCGGGACAUGCUCGGAGCCUGACUGACCGCAGGUGGCCGCCGCGCCCGGGACACGAAUGAAGAAGCAGUUGCUCCUCCUGUUCACACAUCGGGGACUCGUCAGCCGAGGGGGCCGCAGGGGGAAGCGCCGUCGAAAAUGGCCUCGUUCAGUAUCCGCGCCGCGCGUCCUGAGGACUGUUCCGACCUGCUGCGACUGAUCAAGGAACUGGCGAAAUACGAGGACAUGGAGGAUCAAGUGGUGCUAACUGAGAAAGAGCUGCUUGAGGAUGGUUUUGGCGAGCACCCCUUCUACCACUGUCUGGUUGCUGAAAUUCCAAAAGAACAGUGGUCCUCUGAAGAACACUGCAUUGUGGGAUUUGCCAUGUAUUACUUUACUUAUGAUCCAUGGAUUGGGAAACUGCUGUAUCUUGAAGAUUUUUAUGUGAUGGCUGAAUAUAGAGGACUUGGCAUUGGGUCAGAAAUUCUGAAGAACUUGAGUCAGGUUGCUGUGAGGUCCCGCUGCAGCAGUAUGCACUUCCUUGUGGCAGAGUGGAAUGAACCGUCGAUCAGGUUCUAUAAGAGAAGGGGUGCCUCUGAUCUGUCCACUGAGGAGGGGUGGAGGCUCUUCAAAAUUGACAAAGAGUAUCUCUUGAAGAUGGCAACAGAAGAGUGAGAGAUUAUUCCAGCAAAUAAAUUCUUUCCAUGAAUGCAUAUGCUCUCUGAAUAAACUUCUUGCUUUCUGUGUACAGUUUGUAGUGGAAUAAAGUAGUGUGGAUGCUAAUAUAAUGAAAAUGAUAUGCAGGUGUGGUCAUAGAGUAAUUGGUACUGUGAUCUGGAUUUGAGGCAUCUGUGAAGUUGGGUCCAUGUGCUUGUGUGCAUCCUUUACCAGUGUGGGCUUGUAAUCUUUGUAUAUGGAAACUUCAUUCUUGUAAGUGUCAUUCAAAUGUGUACAAUGUACACACUGGUAGGGUUUGUUUUAAUUAUUGCCUUUUAUAAAAAUAAAGUGUUUUCACUUCA